AUGGGCUCCCCGCCCAAGCCCGGGCUGCACCAGCAAGCGGUGGCGGCCGUGCAGCAGCUGGACCAGAGCGGGGAGAACGACUGCGGCGAGGUCGCGGGGAGCAGUGGUGGCAGUGGUACUGGCAAGGAGAAGGCGCGGAUCAGCGGCGCCGGGAGGUCGUCGUCAUCAUCGGGGAGGAAGAAGGUGAGCAGGCCGCGGUUCGCGUUCCAGACGCGGAGCGCCAACGACAUCCUGGACGACGGCUACCGGUGGAGGAAGUACAGCGCCCACCCCAGGUUCGUCGUUCGGUUUCUCGAUCCAUCUCUUAAUUACUACUUAGUUUCGCAUCACUUGUUUUCAUCCGAAGCGCCGCUGGUGGAGCGCGCGGGCCGUCGACGGCCGCCGCGGGAGACGUGGAGCGCGUGGGCCGCCGCCGAGGAGCACGGGAGCCAGCCGUCGGAGCCCGCCGUGGUGAUUUUUUCUUUUUUUUCUUAG